AUGGGGGACGAUAAUUCAAAAGAUAAAUCUACAAGCAGUUCAUGGAUGGGAUACAUUUGGAAUACGGGGGGUUCAACAACACAGGGAAUGGCGACUGUUGAUGAGCAAUCGAAGUGUCCGGUCAACCAUGGGAAUAUUAUAAAACCAAAUGUGGGUGGAUGUCCCGUUGAUCAUCCAAACAUCAAGGUCAUGCCUCCUGAUGCAAAAUGCCCUGUUGAUGACGAUGCUAGAAAAAUAUGGUUGCAGAAACAAGCUCUACAGCCUGCACUGCUACAUGAUGUAGAAUGCUCUUCGGAUGAAAUUCCACAGACUCCUGUAUACAAGACAGACGUGAAGUUACCAGAUGAACGAGAAGUAUCUUCCAUCCCAAGAACAGGUCAUGGUUCUAAUUGGAUUUAUCCUUCAGAAAAACAGUUUUACGAAGCCAUGAUUCGCAAGAAGUGGAACCCAGAGGCAGAUGAUAUGAAAACAGUCGUGCCAUUGCAUAACUCAGUGAACGAAAGAGUAUGGAACUGCAUUAAGAAUUGGGAAACCGCAGAAGAAAAUGAUUUGAAACUAACAAGUUUUAAAGGUGAUGCCAAGAAAGUCACACCAAGAGCGUGGAUUAGAAGCAAUAUUUUAGGCUUAUCUAAACCAUUCGAUAGACACGACUGGACUAUCAAUAGAAAUGGUAAAGAAAUCGAUUAUGUUAUCGAUUUUUAUAGCACUGAUGAUGAUGACGGCAAAAAGAAUCCAAAUGCUACUCCUUCAAUAUACUUAGAUGUUCGUCCAAAGUUGAACAGUAUUGAAGGAAUCAAGAUGAGAGUGAUGAAGUCUCUAGCAUUUCAAAAAAACGAAUAA